GCCACGGCCGAUCAACGUAAACACAACAAUAUUUCACGUUUUAUAUAGAAAUUGUUUGAAAUUAUUUAGUUUUAUGUGAUGGAAAUGGUAGUCCCCACCUCUGUGAUCAGUUGAUUUAAUGGUAUAUCAUUAGACGACACUUGAAAUAGACGCCCCAUGGGAGGUUGAAGAACCAUGGCAGAACCAGAAAGUGGCCAUCAAGAAACUCAAAAUGCGAGUAAACAAGAACACCAAGAGCUUCUGUGGGGGUUAAAGUUCACCGUGGAGGGAUUGUUGGCGGCACAUACAACCAAUGUGUGGUCAACCUAUGGAGGACUGACAAGGCUUUGUUGUCAUCUUGAUAAAGUCAUGUGUCAUCGUUUGAGACAUCCUAAAGGAACAUCUUUUGUAGUGCAGGAGGACUACUGGGAUUUUGUCUUGGGGUUGCGGCAGCUACAGCCUGUUUUAGCGCCCUCUGUUGACCGCAUACAUCGUCAGGCGGGUGAGCAAGGCGUCGACCGAGGUGGGAUGUGGCUUAGGACUAGUCUGGAGGCCCAUACCUUAGCGUCUCAACUCAGACUCCUCGUUGACGAUAACGAACAUCUCAGCAAAUAUUAUUAUGAUGAUGCCUUCCUAUGUAGCCAAGCUCACUUCCAAGCUCUGUACAUCUGUCUCCUAUCGGUUGAACAGAAUAAUGCAUCUAUUCUUGCUGAUUUGGAUCCUAUGCUGCUGUCGUGCAUGUUUUGUCAUUCGUUACUACCAGCAAGCAGUCAACAGAGAAACUUAUCCGCAAGGAAUCCCACAGCUGAAAUGCCGAUUCACCCUCAAUCUCACCGAAAACUCUCUGCAUCCGCAGAAGCAGUCGAACCCCCGGCAUUCGCAUCACCAAAAACAGAAAGCAUCUUGACAAUGUCAGACGAGCAUGCUCAGCCUAACAUUCAGAUCUUAGACAGGCGGCAGUCUGAGUCAGCACGAACGAUGCUUCUCUCACUGUUGGAUAAUACCUCCUUAAGCUCAGUGGGAAAAGUCCGCUCCGUGGAUGACAUCCCGAAAACCGUCAACGACCCUCUGAUGAAUAUGGAAUUCCCAACGAACGAUAAAGCUGCAUCUCCGCCACAGCGAAAGGUUCUCAGACACGCCAAAACCAUAAGUAGCCUGCCAAGUUACGCUCAUCAAAACAGAGAAUCAAAACUAUUGUUUGAUUGCGGUUCACCACCUUCAGAGAAUACCUUGCCGGGUAGCUUGGGGUCUCUUGGAUCCGUCAAUGAGGAUGAUUCCUUGAGAAACACCUGUAAGUGUAUUGUAAAGACUAAGAGUAGAUCGUUCAGCGACUCGGCUGAGCGGGAAAGUCUGAACUCGGCUGGGAGUCUAAGUACGGAGUCUUUGAACGCAACGCAGUGCGAACGAUGUGGGAUGUCGAUUUCACCACUAACCCAGAACGCCGUCAGACUCCGGCGUAAACUUGGAACAGCUUCAAGUCCUCCAAAGGCGAGGAAUAGUUUAUAUAAAACCCAGAAAUCACUCAGACAUUCUCAGAGUAGUCUCGCCUUGGUCGAUAAUGGAGUGAAGAGGAAGGCGUUGUAUACUCAUUCCAGAUCCAAGUCUGAGAUCUUGAAACCUCCAUCGAGUGACAUAAGAGGUGCUACAGCGGAUUUAGAUUCAUCCAGUAACAACAUGAGUAACUCGCUGCCGUCUGAUGGUCACAUUGCGCCACCUCGUAAAACAAGUUUAUUGGAAUCAGGAAUGGUUUCAGCGGCUACCGAGUGUUACUUCCCUCAGCCUGCCCAGGGACAAUCUCUCAUGAGCUUUCUAUCCUCUAGAGAUUUUGAGAGGAUUCCAGAGUUAGAUAGGGAGAAUGCUCAUUUUAGCAUCUCAGAGGCCAUUAUUGCAGCAAUAGAACAGAUCCGAUGCAGGAAACAUCACAGAUCCGUUUCCGAUCACGAGUCAGAUGCUUCAGAUGAAGAAAUUCAACAUCUUAAACAACGUAUCAGACUCCGACGUACGGAGAAGAGACGAGAUAAGAUGAGAGGAAGGACCUCUGUUAUCUGGACUAAUGAAAACUGUAACGAUAGUGGGAUGAACACUUUAACAAGCUCAAAUACAACCUUAACAUCUAGUAGUGCCAACAGUACACCACAUGACACAACAACAGAAAGUGAGGAAGACUCUUCCGAUAGCAGUGAUUCCGUAGAGGAGUUUGAGUUGUCAGAUUCUCAGCCUUCUAACCUUCUCAUAAUGCAGCAGAUGGGAUUAAGCCCAUCGUUAGCUUCCCUGUACUCCGAUGCUGAUAUUUGUCGACAAACAUCUCCCCAGCUUGCCUCCAAUGAGUUAAGUCCAGUUAGUGGAGUGAAUUGUAAUACACUGUCAGCAGAGUCUGUCGCCCUCUGUCUACUAAGAAAGUUCUCUGCUAAGCAGUUACCAGCAGCCUCCGAGCUACAGUGGCUGGUGUCUGAACAAGAUGCACCACAAGCUCUUCUACCGAUGCCAAAGUCUCUACCAGUCUCCCCUGAUGACGGAGAAAACUCUGAUAUAUACACAAAGAAAACGACUCGUCUUCGUGGGAAUGCAGAGUGGGCACCUCCUCGAGCCCAAAUAAUAUUUAAUGUCCAUCCACCACCAAAGAGAAAAGUUUUAGUUGCUAAGCAGAACUACCGUUGUGCUGGUUGUGGCAUGAGAGUUGAAAGAGGUUUUGCCAAGAGACUACGAUACUGCGAGUAUCUCGGUAAAUACUUUUGUCAUUCUUGUCACGGCAACUCCACUGCUGUUAUACCGGGACGAGUCCUACGGAAGUGGGAUUUCCAGAAGGUCCAAGUCUGUAACUUCUCUCGAGAACUGUUGGAGAAGAUGUACGAAGACCCAUUGUUUAAUAUCUUAGACAUCAAUCAGGCACUGUAUAGGAAAGUUAAACCUCUCAAUUCUUGUAAGGAACUGCGGACUCAACUUUUCUUUUUGAAGGAUUUCCUCAAAACCUGCAGGUUGAGUCAAAGUCUGCAGGCAACCUACGAGUCUCAACCCUCACACCUACUCAAUGAGCCUCAUCUUUACUCACUGAGUGAUCUUCAUCGAGUACGUAGCGGUGAGAUGGAAACAGAACUAAUGCAACUCGUUGAAGAUGCUGUGACUCACGUCAGUCAAUGCCAACUAUGCCAGGCCAAAGGAUUCAUUUGUGAAGUGUGCAACAACGAUCAAGACAUCAUUUUUCCAUUCCAGUUACAGAAGACUUACCAGUGUCAAGAUUGUUGGGCGUGUUAUCAUAAACCAUGUUUCUUGACUGUUGAGUCUUGUCCAAAGUGUCUCCGAAUCAAUCAAAGGAAAAUCAGUCAAAUUGCCAAGAAGAAAGAAGUUUUCAGCGAUGAAGAAGAAGAAUUACCAAGUAAGAGGUGACAUGACAUAGAGGAGCAGUCAAAUUUUGAGUUUGUUACUAUUUGACACAAAAUGUAGCAAACAAUACAGUUGUAAUUGAUGCCCACCAAUAG